ACGCACAGGAGAGGACCCGAGCCAGGAUUCGCACGCUGGCUGCAGCCGCCCCACGCGUUGUUUGGGGUCACGCAUUGAACAGCAACACCUCCCCUAUGGCUGCUGAGCCCUAGCGCGUUUUUAGGACGCUCCUCGGCAACCUCCAUUCGGCUGCUUUCACAAAACCCGGGGCGGGCUGGCGGCAGGAAGCGGCGGGGCCGGGCCGAGCCCACGCCCGCCCUCGUUGGCCGGGGCCCCGCAGGCGGUGAGGCAGGAGGGGGGCACCGGGGGCACGGCAGGGGACGGGAACCAGGUGCCCGCAGCCCCCUGGCCUCCCCACAUCGCUCCCCAUCACGGGGUGAGGUUCUGGGUGUAGGCAAUAUGAAUGACUGGCAAAUGAAAAGCCCUCUAGACUGGGAAACAUACGUGAACAAAAGGGUGAAAGUUGCAGCAGCUGAGAAAAAUGAAUAUGAAGGAUGGGUCUUAACAGUUGAUCCAGUUUCUGCCAAUGUUGUCCUGGCAAACUUCCCAGAGAACGGAAGAGCGUCCAUUGUAGUUGUGCUGGGCCACGCUGUCCAGGAGGUUGACGUCCUGCAGGAAGCGGACGAUGAAAUGAAGGCACGGCUUUCCUGCAUAUUCGCCCCCGAGGAAAGCAAAGCGUACAGCCCGGAGGAGCUCGACAAGAGGAAGAACGACCUGAAGAGCUGGCUGGAAGCAAACCACAUCCCUGUGACAGAGCAAGGAGAAUCGGGAAGGACGCUGUGCGUGGCGGGGGUGCUGACCAUCGACCCGCCGUACGGCCCAGAAGAGUGCAGCAGCUCCAACGAGAUCAUCCUGUCCCGCGUUCAGGGCCUGAUACAGCGCUACCUGGAAAAGAGACAGUGAGCUCUGCUGCCUCCAGCACUGGUCUUUGGGAAUGGGUCUGCCGGCCCCAUUAGGGACUGUCCUGGGGGUCAGCAUUCAGACGUCCAUAAGCGCUGCGUGUCGGGGCUUCUGUCUGAAUUCCUGUACGUUAAGAAAGGAGUAAAACGUGUAAAAAGGAGUAAAAAGUGUGAAGUACAAGCACAAAACAUUUUGCAUGCACUAUUUUUUUGUUAAAAAAAUCAGUCAGGUAAUAACGCUGUAUUAAAUUGCUGUAUAGCUAUACUUUUUGUUACAGUAUUAUGAAAGAUAAAAUAUUAGAAAUCUAAA